AUGAACGAAACGGUCACUGAAGAUCCAUUCUCUUCAACAACUCAAUUCCAUAAUGUGACUCAAUCAAGUCAAAAUGAGACUUCUGAUGAAAGUCAGACAAAAUAUAGUCUCACAAUUCGAGAUGGGGUCAAUUACUUGAUGAAUGGUAUGCCGGAAUACUCGAAUGUUAAUGAUGACUAUAUUCCCUAUGUAGUGACACUUUUGAUUACGCUAAUCAUCACCCAUUUGAUCACCGUUUUCCAUCUUGGUUUCGUCGUGCUCGCCAAUCGAGUUCUCCGUAGACUCGCGACGGGAUUCACGUUUUUCAUUCUUCUUGAGUGCAUUCCUGUUCUACUGCAUUUAUUGAUGGGCUUUGUUGUCACUUAUUUCAAUUUGCCGUAUAAAUCAAAGAAAAGCGGUCCGCAAACGACGAUUUCAAUGAUUCCACCUCCAACUCCCGGAAAAACACCUCAAAAGUCGAUUCUUAAAAAGGGAAUU